CGAUGAAUUAUUCACGCGAAUCAACGCAAAAUGAAAUUUUUAAUUAUAAUUUUAUUUAUUGUUAAAAUCUCUGAGAUUAUCUGUGAGUCUGUGGAUCCAAUUGACACAGAAUAUUAUCAAAAUGUUGUGUUAAAUAAAACAUUGAAGCAAGACAUAGAAGCAACUAGAAAUGGACGAAUUGUUGGUGGUUCACCAGCUGUGCUAGGUCAAUUUGACUAUUUUGUGAUUGUUUAUGGAGAAAAUAGAAGAUAUUUGUGUGGAGGGACGUUGAUUAAAGCUGAUUGGGUGUUGACGGCUGGCCACUGUCUCUAUGGGUUUAAUAAUGUGGAAGUUCAUUUCGGAAUUGUCAACAGACUAGCAAGUCCAGAAAGAUCUCUAAAAAUUGAAGACAACAGUCACUUAAUAGUCCACGAGAACUUUGAUUCUAAAGAGCUAUGGAAUGACAUUGCAUUAAUUUAUUUAGAAAAGAUGUCAAUAUCGUGGCUUGAAUCAUCGUCAAUAGGAUUUAUUGAGCCUACGCCAUUAGUUGGUGACUUAACGAAUCAAAUUGCAACAAUUUGUGGAUUUGGAAAGACAAGUGAUGCCAGCGGAGCCAGUUAUAACUUAAAUUACAUAAAAAUUCCAGUCAUGGAGUACGAAAAGUGCGAGGUUUAUUAUUAUCUAGAUGAAAAUAAUAUCUGUGUAAGCACAAAGACUGGGGAAUCCCCGUGCAAUGGAGACUCUGGUGGAGGCGUUGUAAUCACCACUGAGGAUGACCAAAGAUUUUUAAUCGGAAUCGUCUCAUUUGGAACAAGUCUUUGCGAAAUAAAGUAUCCAGUUGUGCUCACAAAACUCAGCAAUUACAUUGACUGGAUGGAUGAAAAAUUUGAGUACUUUAAGAACCCAACAACAACAACAGCAACAACAGCAACAACAACGACAACAACUAAAGCUUCAUCAACAACUCCAACAACAGGAACAUUUGAAGAUGACACAACAACUGCAGCAACAACAACAAUAUCAACAAAAUCAAUCUCUUCAACAACGCCUAACUCAGGAGUGGCUAUGUUUAGUAGUAGACAAGUAGCUUUUGUGAUAGUGACAAUAUUGAUAUCAAUAGGAAUGUAAUUUUGAAAAUAUAGAAUAAAAGAUUGGAGGUUAUAAAGUAUAAAUUGGGUUAUUUUCAGUAAAGUAGCAAAAAUCUAGUUGAAUUG